AUGAAGAUGGGCUCCCUGACCGGCAACCUUGAAUACAUAUACCAGGAUGCUGUGAGGGCGUAUGCCGGCACCCUGAAGCCCGUGGUGGCCCGGCACUGGGCUGCCCUGGCCCCCGCCCUGCAGCCCCUGGCCGACAAGCUCUGCCUGUGUGUGGACUCCCUGCUGGAGGACAUCAAUGCGAGCCUGGGGUUAUGGGCCCCUUGGCAGCUGGUCCUCCUCACCGUUGUGGCCACGGCCCUGCUGUCCUGGGUCCUGGACGCGGCGCAGCACGCAAAGCAUACCCUGCAGGACAAGGGUGUGACCCAGGUGCUGGCCAGGCUGGCCUUCCGCCUGCCCGUCCUGCGCGGCAUCGUGGCGGCCAAGGAGCAAAAGGUGGUGGACGACCUGGAGGAAAGCAUGAAAAAGGGCGCGGCCCCCGACGCGCUGCACGAGCUGCCGCCGGCCGGCACGCCCGCCGCCGACCUCAAGCGCCGUCUGGGCGCCAAGGGCUUGGAGGACCACCAGUUCAAGGAGGGCGCCUCCACCGUCUCCGGCGUGCUCUACAUGGCGGGCAGGGAGCACCUGGAGCUGCUGGAGGCCGCGUACUCGACCUUCUCCAUGACCAACCCCAUGCACGCCAACCUCUUCCCCGCCGUACGGCGCAUGGAGGUGGAGGUGGUGCGCAUGACGGCCUCCAUCCUCGGCGGCGGCCCGCUGGGCGACCCGGGCGUGUGCGGCGCCAUGACCAGCGGCGGCACCGAGUCCAUCCUCACGGCGGUCAAGGCCAGCCGCGACUACAUGGCGGCCACGCGCGGCAUCACCUCGCCCGAGAUGAUCGUGGCGGUCUCCGCCCACGCCGCCUUCAUCAAGGCUGCCGAGUACUUUGGCAUCCGCCUCAUUAGGCUGCCGGUUGGAAAGGACUACCGUCUGGGCGGCCGGGCGGUGCGUCGUGCCAUCUCGCGCAACACAGUGCUGGUGGUGGCCUCCGCGCCGGGCUUCCCUCAUGGCGUGAUGGACCACGUGACGGAGAUCGCGGCGGCGGCGGCAGCGCGCGGCGUGCCCUGCCACGUCGACUGCUGCCUGGGCGGGUUUGUGCUGCCAUUCGCCGCGCGCCUCGGCCGCCGGGUGCCGCCCUUUGACUUCUCCGUCCCGGGGGUCACCUCCAUCUCCGCCGACACCCACAAGUUUGGGCAGGGGCACAAGGGCACCUCCGUCGUCCUCUACCGCUCCAAGGACAUCAGAAAGUACCAGUACACCUCCAUCACCGACUGGACGGGGGGCCUGUACAUCUCGCCUGGGUUUGCGGGGUCUCGCUCCGGAGCCCUCAUCGCCACGGCCUGGGCCUCCCUGGUGCACCUGGGGGAGGACGGCUUCCUGGAAGCUACCUCCGCCAUCCUCGCGGCCGCCGACGAGUUCCAGGCGGGGGUCCGCGCCAUCCCUGGGAUGGAGGUCCUGGACAGCCCGGAAGGCAGUGUGGUGGCGGUGCGCAGCACCAACAGGUCUGUGGACAUUUACGAGGUGAACGACCUGAUGACGCGGCGCGGCUGGCACCUCAGCCCGCUGCAGAGCCCCCCAGCGGUGCACAUCUGCUUCACCGCCGCGCACACCGGGCCAGACACCGUGCGGCGGCUGGUGGACGACCUGGCGGAGUGCACGGCCGAGGUGGCGGCCGCGCCGGGGACAAAGGCCGAAGGCGGGACGGCGCCCAUGUAUGGCGCGGCGGCGGCCAUGCCGGAUCGCAGCGUGGUCGGGCGCUUCCUGGUCGCGUAUCAGGACCUCCUGCUGGACUCCUGCUGA